AUGACUAUAAGCUUAAGAAUUUUUCAUAGAGGGUUUGUAGUCGACCUAAGUCAUAGAUUAACCAAAAAUGGCAAAUUCGUAUUUGCUGAACGAGAGAACAUUAUUACUUUAGCUCAAAAAUGUCGUGCGCAGGUUCCUAUUAAUGAAGAAACUUUAGAGGGAUAUCAACUUUACAUAGUUGAACAAUGGGCUUGUGAUAGAAGACCAUAUAACACAGUCACUGUUUUUACAGGUGAACCUACUCAUAAGAUUAAAGUAUGUGUCGUAUUCAUUGAAGAAAAAUUACAACCAUAUCCAGAAAAACUUGAAAGCUUAUUUUCGAAUCUGGAAGAAGACAAAACUCGGUUAAAAGAUACCCAUCUAGGAAAAAUAUUUGUAACAAAUCUAAGCUCAUUUCCUUCAUCAUUAAGUACUAUUUUGGUGACUGAUGGAGAUUAUAAUGCAUCUUAUCCACAAUUCCGUCUCAACUUAAAUUUACGUAGAAUUAGUUGUAGCAGUAAAAAUGCUUUGUCUUUAAAACCUCCAACUGAAGUCCAAAAACAGAAAUUCUUUCAACUAUAUUCAGUACCAGACAAAAUACAACUUUCAGUAUCAGAAAAAACACCAUUUGAUUCUGUAGUUAUUCAACUAGUGAAACACGUUCAAAUGGCAUUACACUUGAUUUUUGGUUUUCCACUAAAUUUGGUUGACGGAUUGUUAUGCAAUACUACCGAAUCUUUCCUAAAAGAAUUUAAGAAUGAACAUGCUCCUAAUUUCGAGACUCUAGAUAAUAUCUUUGAUCCAAAUCUGAUCUCUAUAAUUUUUAAAAUGGUGUUGAGCAUUCGGAAUAAACUUAAUUAUUUAAACUAUCAGGUUGGAAAAGAUCCAUUCGUGGAUACUGAAACAUUUUUAAACGGGGUUGCUUCUUUUCAGAAAUCAGCAAGAAGAGAUACAAUAUCUCAUAAAUUAGAUUCUGAAAUUGUCAAUAAAAUCAAUGAAGCUUAUAAUCGAUCAAGAUACCCUGAUGGAGUAAAAUUUCGCAAGGUCAUAAAUCAAUUCGAAAAAAAUUUACCUGGUAUAUCAAGCAUAUCAAGUCACUUAAAUACUUCGAACGACAUUGAGACAUAUAAUUUGGAAGAAUUUUGGAAAAAUUUUCAAUUCGAAGGAUCAAGAUGUUUGUGGAAGGGUAAAGAUGAAUCUAGUGAAUCGGAUUUGUUUCAUGGUAGUAAAGAAUUAGGAAAAAGCUUUCUUCGUGGUGUUUCAGGAAGAACAGCCAAAACUGGUGAAGUUAUAAGAGAGGGUGUUAGAGGACUUAAGGAAGGGGUUUCAGAAUCUCUAUCACAUUUGGUAGACCGAGGUGGAAUCUCAAGAGAAAAAGAUAAAUUAAUGGUUAGUUCUGGAAAGUCAUUAACAUCUCCACUGAAUUCUUCUAUGUAUCUUGGACCACCGAUACAAAAUGACCCCGAAAUUUAUGACAAAUCGAGGAUGACUGCAAAUAUGACAUAUCUUAACAAUUCAGCACAAAAUAGCUCUGAAUAUGUCACGAGUACGACUGAUCAACAGGUAAUAGAUUCAAGUAGCUCCGAUGAUGGGUCAUCCUACGGCAGUGAUACUGAAAAUUCAUGCUAUCAAAGAAGGCGAUAUUCUUUUAAUAUUUAUGAUGACAUCAAAAAAUCUCGAGAAUUGCCGAUAUAUCAUCACAAAAGGUCAAAAUCUUUUACAACUGCUGAAUUGGCUCGAAAACAAGGUGCUCGCUCAUUACAUAGGAGAACAUUCGAAGUUGAUAUUCAGACAUAUAUGAUUUAUAAAAAUCUUAAAGGACGGGAGACAAAAUUAGAAGAGUUGAUAAAACACUUAAAAUCAACUGCUAAAAAAUAUGAUGACCAAAUUGAGCAAUUAUCCAAUGCAUGUGAAGAAAGACAUCAAAUAUUCAAGUCAACAGAUGAAUAUAGUUCGAAAAUACUGUCCAAACAAAAAAAAGUUGCUGAAGCAGUAAAAAAAAUUUAUAGUGAUGCAACUGCUAAAGGAAAAUUAAAUUAUGAAUUGAGCUUAUUAGAAGAUAAAUUAAAGGAAAUUGAUGAGUUUAUUGAACAAUUUUGUUCUAAGGUCAUGGAAACAAAAAUACCACAUUCAUCAGGAUCUGUAAAGGCUUUAUUUAACGUUUGGAAUUAUCUUCAGCAACAAUGGGAUAUAAUUACUUCACGUUUAUAUAACGGAAAAUCAGAAGAGGAUAAAGAAUAA